AUGACGCACAACCAGAUGGAGUGGCUAUCCGAGCUUACAGAUAAGGAUGGUGAAGGGCGAUUGCUGCCAAACACCUUGCUGCCAAGGCUUGGGCUCACUGCACUUCCAAACAGGGCAGAUCCUUUAUCGUGGAGCAAUGUACCGCCUCGCCCUGCGAUGAACCCUCCAAGGCGAACUUCUGUUGCACACAGUGCUCCUCAAGUGUUAGUGGUUUCCGCUUUACUUUGGCGAGUUCGGCAGCGGCUCUUCAUGGCAGGAUCAAAGAUCACACUUGGCUCAUUACUGGGUUUGUUCGAUCUCGCGGACGGAUCAAGUCGACAGCAGGCUGAGGCUGCUUUGGUCAGUCGAGACCUCCUUGGGAGCCUUUUGGGACACCUGCGGCUUGGUAUAUCUGUGGAGGAGGCCGACGAGCUGCUUUCAGCAAUAUCAGCCAGUGCUGGCAAGCGCUCUGGAGGAUCUGGGACGGUCCAAAUGGCCUUGCUUUAUGACAUGAUAGAUCGUGCGGGUCAGCCGGAGAUGGAGAGCUUGGUGGUUGAGCUCCGAGAAGCUGCAAGACAGCGACUUUGGGGAAAGGGAUCCUGCAUCAUGAGUGCUGCUGGUUCAGCAGCUGACGAUUGGCUCCCAGAGGUAGACUUCAGGAAAGGGUUGAAAGCUGCCAUGGCAGACAUAUGGGCCGUGCCAGGAUCGCUGCCAGAGGACGACGAGGAUCGUUUGGUUCUGCUGGCUGAAAAGGAUGCAGAAGGACGCGUUCUAUGGCGACCGUUCGUCCAGGCAUUCUGCAGCUGGCCGGAUCUGGACCAAGUCAGUGAAGUCACAGAGGCUGGACUCGCCUCGUGA